AGUCUGUGUGCCGGUGGAAGGUCUGGGACAAAUUUAAGAAGCGAGAGAACCUAAAUUGGUAAUAAAUCAAUAAGAAACAAAUGUUUACAUUCACUCAGUGAAAAGUGUAAUGUCUAAGUUGAACAUAUAUCGGAGCCACACAUGGACAUCUCUCUCUCCUCCACUAAAAGCAGAAAAUGAACGAAUCCCAGGAACAUGUGUCAUUCAAGGAUGUAUGUGUGGACUUCACCCAGGAAGAGUGGUAUCUGCUAGACUCUGCUCAGAAGAUACUGUAUAGAGAUGUGAUCCUGGAAAAUUACAGCAACCUUGUCUCACUAGGGUGUUGCGUUACUAAGCCAGAGGUGAUCUUCAAGAUAGAGCAAGGAGAAGAGCCCUGGAUAUUAGAGAAAGGAUUCCCAAGCAAGUGGCACCCUGAAAAGAAAUGGAAACCUGAUGACCUGUUAGAGAGCAGCCAGGAAAAUCAGGGUGGACAUUUUUGGGAACUUGUAUUCACCAACAACAAAACAGUAAAUAUAGAAAGGAAAACCUUCAACCUGGGCACAGACUCUGUUUCUUCAAGAAAUUUUCCCUAUAAAAUAUGUGACUCAUGUGAAAUGAGUUUGAAAAAUAUUUCAGGCUUAGUUAUUAGUAAAAAUAACUAUUCCAGAAAGAAGCCAGAUGAGUUAAAUGUAUGUGAGGAGUUGCUCCUUGAUAUUAGGCAUGAGAAAAUUACUAUGAGAGAGAAAUCUUAUAAAUAUGAUGAAAAAAGGAGUAUCCUCAAUCAUCACCAGGAUCUCACUCAGCCAAUUUUUGACCCACCCUUUGAGUGUAAUGAAAAUGGACAAGGCCUCCAUGAGGAGGCAGCCUUUUUUACAAAUAAGAGAUCUCAGUUAGGAGAGACACUCUACAAAUAUAAUGAAUGUGGAAGAACCUUUAUUGAAAGUUUAAAGCUCAAUAUAUCUCAAAGAACUCAUUUGGAAAUGGAGCCAUAUGAAUGCAGUAUUUGUGGGAAGUCCUUCUGUAUGGAUUUAAGAUUUGGACAUCAAAGAGCUCUUACAGGGGAUAAUCCUUAUGAAUAUAAUGAAUACGAAGAAAUCUUCUGUGACAAUUCAACUUUCGUUAUCCACCAAGGAGCUUACACAAGAAAGAUUCCUCGUGAAUUUAAAGUGGGUGACAAAACUUGGGAAAAGUCAACUCUCUUUAAACAUCAAAUAGGAAUCAUGGGGGGAAAAUCCUAUGAUUACAAUGAAAAUGGGAAUAAUUUCAGCAAGAAGUCACAUUUCACCCAACUUCGGAGAUCUCACUCAGGAGAAAAAACCUUUGAAUGUGGUGAAUGUGGGAAAACCUUCUGGGAGAAGUCAAACCUCACUCAACAUCAGAGAACACACACAGGAGAGAAGCCUUAUGAAUGUAGUGAAUGUGGGAAAGCCUUUUGCCAGAAACCACACCUUACUAAUCAUCAGCGAACACAUACAGGAGAAAAACCCUAUGAAUGUAAGCAGUGUGGAAAAACAUUCUGUGUGAAGUCAAACCUCACUGAACAUCAGAGAACACACACAGGAGAGAAACCCUAUGAAUGUAAUACAUGUGGGAAAUCCUUUUGCCACAGGUCAGCUCUCACUGUCCAUCAGAGAACUCACACAGGGGAGAAGCCCUUUAUAUGUAAUGAAUGUGGAAAAUCCUUCUGUGUUAAGUCAAACCUCAUUGUACAUCAAAGAACUCACACAGGGGAGAAACCCUAUAAAUGUAAUGAGUGUGGGAAAACCUUUUGUGAGAAAUCAGCUCUUACAAAGCAUCAGAGAACUCACACAGGGGAGAAACCCUAUGAGUGUAAUGCAUGUGGGAAGACCUUUAGUCAGAGGUCGGUACUCACUAAACAUCAGAGAAUUCACACAAGGGUAAAAGCUCUUUCAACAUCCUGAAUGUUCAUAAGCCUUCAUACACUGGCCAAAUUUAUUGUACUGUUUACAAAAAUGAGAUCAGAGAAUGCCAAAGAAUGCCACAGAUUGGAAAAUGACAUGUUGUUCAAAUAUGUGGAAGCUUUCAAGAAAAAUUAAAACUUCAUUAGAAAAUAUGUACUGAGGAAAAAUCUAUUCAUCUAAGUAAUAUGGUGAAAUCUUACCUAGAAUUUAUAUUGUUUAUUAUCAUAUUCCAGAUGUGAUACCAAAAUUUUAUUGUAGAUAUAGUGGAGAAUAUUCAUUUAUACCCAUAUUUACAGUAGAAUCUGAAGCUUAAAAAAGUUUAAUGAUAGCAACAUUAAACAUAUAUGUGAAGAGUCA